AAUUGAAAAAUAAAGAGGAAGAUUACAAAUUGUUCUAAGAUCUGUGGAGAGUCGGAUUUUUCAGCGUCGCUGUUAGAAAUUAACCAUUUUUUAAUUUUCAUAUCUUCGGCUCUCAAUUAUAUGGUUGGUCCGAUUAUGAGAAGCCAAGCAUACUUAAAUUAGCUUACAACAGCCUUUUAAGAGCUUAUAGAGCUUACAUUUUAUAUAGUAAAAUACAAUAUAUCGUAAGCUGUCUUUAAAAGCUUUGUAAAAGCUCAAAAGCUUUUCAAAAAUCUUUAAAAGCUUCCAAAAAUGCUUAAAAGCUCCUGAAAACCACUGGCAGUUUCUGAUAUAUUCCGUAUCUGUAGUAAAAUACAGUGGAACGUAUGCACUAUUUUCACUCACACUGUCUUAUCUUACUUUAAAGUGGUCACCCUACAAGGAAAUGACAAUAGUUUCGCCGACAAGUGAAAUGCUAUGCAACAUAAAAAAACUAAUUUGGAAAGAACAAAACCAUUUUUGUAGGUUUUAAAUAACCGUUAAUAUUACAAUUAACCUGCUGACUAUCACCAAAAGCUGUUCUGAGCUCUCAUAUAGUUAGUAUGUCAUACAAUUAACGGUAACCUUUACGCUGUCAUGCAGCCCGUCUAGCUGGUUUGCUGCGGGUGAAAUAUUAAUUGCUGUGAACUGGAAAUUUCUUUUACUAGAACAUUUUUUCCCUGCAGGGCAAGCACACACACUUAGCUGCUUAUUUACGAUUUUGAAUAUGUGUUGUUGUGUAUGUAGAUAUGUAAGACAGCGCGCACUCAACAUCUUGAAGUCAACAUGGAACUUGGAGCUUCAUAAGAGACUGCCCGCACAACGGCCCAUUUGUGGCAGCCGCAAAGUGAGGAUAGGGGGACGCGGCAUGUGUGUGAUGAGGCAAGGCUGUGUGUAUGUGUGCGCGCAGAAAUAUAUAUUUCAGUAUCAAGUAAUAGCUGUCGGCGGAGCGCCGCGCAACGCAGAUGGCGCGUGAAGUGGAGCAGUCGCAGCGCGUCGCUGCAGCAGAGUUUUCGUACUGAGUAGAAGGCAGAGAGUGGCAAGCGUCGUUGUUUGUGGCUGCGGCAGCAAGUACUCGACAGCUUGAUCGCAUUUUGCCGGUGGUCUUCACUUUAUUUACUUCGCAAUGAGCCAGUCAGUCGCAUUUUGUUGCCGAAACGGUAAAGUUGUGUGUGGUGAGCGCGUAAUGAGUGCUGAGCGAUAAGCGUAAAGUCAGUCAGUCCAUGAACUGCGUCUAUGAAAAUGUAGUGAUGCGUGUGAGCAAUAAAAAAAAUUUAAAUUAUUUUGGGCAUAUUUUCUCGAAAAAGUGAUUUUGAGAGGUGAAGAGUGAGUUGCCAUUGUUGCAACAGAAAAUUCCGUUAUAAAAAAACUUUAAAUUUCAAUCAAAAAGUGUGUGCAACAGCAUUGUAAGAAGCUCUUCAGCAAGAUGAGCAAGAAAAUGUGGAGCAAAAUAUUUAAAACUUCGAAAACGACGAAAGUCGCCAAAUUGACGACGGCGUCAUCGGCGAACAAGCGUUGCAGCAUUUACGAGGAAUACCAGCAGUUGAAUGGUGGCAAAGUGGAGGGCACCAAGAAACAGAAAAAGCUGGCAAAAGGCGUGGAACAACAAAGCAAACAGGCGCAGGAGCAAGAAGCGCAGCAACAACAACAACAACAACAAAAACAAGAUGAGUUGCAAUCGACAGCUGGCGAUGUUGCAAGCGCAACUGAGGCAAGCACGCACCACAAAAACGCCGAAAGAAAUGCGCAAAUGACUGCAACAACAACAGCAACAACAAUGAGUAUAAACAAAAAUAGCGAAGUAACGCAAACGCUUGGCAUUAGCGAUGUUACGCUUGCGAGCAGCAGCAACACCACGACUAGCAACAGCAACAACAGUAAGCCACCAGCAGAUGCCAAUGACCAGCUAAUUGCCAAUAAAAAUAGCAACAACAACAACAAGCAACAAUCCACAUUUGCCAAAGUUGUUAGUAGCUUCACACUCAAGCGCAACAACAACACGGCGAGCGCGCAAAAGCAACAACAACCACAACAGCAGCAGCUGCAGCCAACAACAAAGGGAAACGGAAAUGUCAAAGCUGCGGGCAAAUUGCCAAAGAAUAACAGCAACACAAUUGCGAGCACAGCGGAUCCAUAUCCGGAUGCACCAGCCCAAUUGGUGCCCUGCCCCAUCUGUCAGCGCACCUUCAAUCCCGUUCCGUUGCAGAAGCAUGUGGGCAUAUGCGAAAAAAUGGCAACAAAGAAACGCAAUGUCUUCGAUUCAUCGCGGCAGCGACGCGAAGGCACCGAAUUGGCUAGCUAUCCGUUGCCGAAGAACUUCGGCUUACCGCCAACGAAACAGGAGGCGCGCGGGCAAUCGCCAAAGCCGUUGCAGCACAUCGCCUCACCGAUAUUGACGCGCAAAAAGUCGAGUGGCGGCGAGGAGUUGGCGCGCAGCACCGCACGCGCUUCAAUGCGCAAGUUGGCUGCCAACGCACAAAGUAAAUCGCCGUGCACCACAGUCGCUGCCAGCGCCGUUGCCGCUGCCGCCACGGCCAGUCAAGCGGUCAACAACAGCAACAACAUCAGUCAGAUGACCACUUCCACGGCCUCAACCACUUCACUACCCGGCGCCGGCAGUUUUACACGCGAUCGCAUGCGUUCAUCAGAUCGUUCGCUCGCCAAGCGCAUACAACCGCCACCGGCCGAGCAAUGUCCGCACUGCGAGCGUUGCUUCGGACCGAAGGCCUACGAUCGACAUGUGGAAUGGUGCAAGGAGAAGGCGUUGCAGGCAUCCAUAAAACAGACGACGAAAACCGAACAGAACUUGGCCAAAGAGCGACUGGAGGCGCGCACCAAAUACCGUGCACCCUGUCUCAAAACUAAGCGUUCGAUAAAUCGUGAUAAAUACGCGGGAUUGGCGGGUGAUGAGAACGAGUUUGGCGAUAGUGUGAAACAAACGGCGAACGGCAGUCACAACAGCAACAACACUAACAAUAAUAGCAGUCUUACAAACGGUAUUGGUGGUAACGACAACAGCAACAACAUAAAUAGUAGCGCUAACGGGAACGGGAACGGUAACGGUGUGAUGUCACUUUCGAUGACAUCGUCAAUGACAAGUGAGAGCGGUCUAACAUGCGAUAAAUACGAUCCCUUUCUGUCGGCCAAGCGUCAAUUGGAGGAGCUCUGCUCAUCCUCACCUCCUAAUAAUCCUUCCUUUUCCACUAACCUACCGAAAACUACACCACAAACUCCUGUGUCACCGGCUGGAUUGCCAGCCAAAAUGUCCACUUCACUCACAUUAAGCUCUUCUACACCUAACUCUAGUCCUUUAACGAACAACGCACAAAACCUACGCCAGACAGCAACGCCUACUGUAAACGCCACUAAGACAACAUCGAAUUUUCGACGUACAUCAUCAUUGCGCGGUCCACGUCGUUCGCCGAUGCUUUCGUCACGUCCUUUAUUCGCACAAAAUCAUCGUCCCACCAUACAGCGUGGUCUUUCCGAUGAGGGUCCCAUCUCAACGAACUUUCUGAAACCCGAAGAGUAUGAUGAGAUGCCGGUACGUUCGGUAUGUGUCAACGACUAUGCGGUUACGAAGAGUCCACGUGUUGCGCGUCGUGAUAACAGUCUCUCGAAUCGCAAACAGUGUCUAAAACUUAAUGUACAGGGUGCUGGCGCUACAAUGACGUCUGUAACGAACACACCGAAUCGUGCGACAAUGUUGGGUGUGAACAGCAGCGAUGAACUAAUGAACUCGGCUGCCAAAUAUCUAUCGAAAACCGACUCAUUAGCGGCAUUCCUUAAAUACGAGAAAGAACUGGAGAAACUGAAUGCGCAAGCUGCGGCAGAUGCCAGCGCCAGCCUGUAUAAGCCGAAUGAACAAAAUGCAAACGACACAUCUGCCACGAAUCUCCAUAGUCACAUAAUCUCGAAGGAGUUAAAAGAGAAAAGCAACACUUUGAGCAAACAAAACUCCGCCAAGAGUAUUAAAGCAGAGCUUAAUGAAUCUCCAAAACCCAACACGGACAGCGUACAAGAGAAUUUGUUCCAACAUCUACCGACACCGGUGCCAAAGACACCGCAUGGUGACACAUCGCCAUAUGAUAGAGGGAAUGUUAGUAUACAAAAGACGCAAGCCGUACGGCUCGAGGCUAUAGCAUUGCCACAGGCAACGUCGACGCCAAUAGCGAAGCCGAGCACAACACGCGCACUCACACAAGCCACACCCACACAAUUGCCUGUUGUUAGCCGAGCAAUCAACUUAAAUACCCUACUCGGCGAAUCGAGACCUACAACAACUUCUUCGCUCUCCGCUUACAGCAAGGAUGUCAAGAGCUCUUCAAGCAAUGAAUACAUCGAUCCCAAGCUGAUUAAUAAAUGCGAUAAUCUGCCGGUAAAUCUGAAUUCGGUGCGCACACUGAAAUCGGUUGGCGCUAACAAUGUGGAACGUCGUUUGGACUUCUCUUCGUCCUCAUCAGAGUGUUCGGCUACUCAAGCCGGUCCGAUUUCGCAGCUAACAAAAUUAUUACCACUUACUAAACCCACGGAGGUACUGCAUGUAACGGCACCGGUGGUUGUGACAACCAGUCCGGCUGUGAAUAUACCUAGUCGGCCCUCCACCACAGAUGACAGCCAGCCGAACGCGCAUCCGACACUCAGUCAACGCAGCUCCGCCGAGGGUAGAAACCUGUUGAAUCGUAAAAAACGACUUGGACGUAAUCAUUUUCUUUACGAUGUCUCACCUGAGGCGGAUGACUCUUGCUCGGCGGACGAUGAAGCAAAUCGUUCUUCGGUCGAGUAUUAUGAAUCCAAGUAUAAAUCGUCAUAUCAGCAGCAGCAGCAACAACAACAGCAACAACCACAGACAUGUUUCGUUAAUACACGCGGACAGACCACAACACUGAAGACGCCGCCAAUAGUACCGCCAUUACCGAUUUUCGACGACUUUGACUUUGAGGAAUUUCUCUCGUCAUUCGAGAAUGACGAUGAACAAUUUCCUCUGUUUAAGGACUGUAGGGAAUUUCUGUUGAAUCGCUCGUCGAAUAAGCAACGUUCGACGCAGACGCCGAAUUCAAUAAAUACAAACAAUAACACCAAUCACAACAAUAACAAUAGCAAAGUAAACCAACAUACAACAACAACUAAAGACUACAACAACACUACGAACCACUUUCAAUUCCCAAGUCUCGCCUCUAAUAAAUAUUCCCAACCCACGCACCUAUUAACACCCUCUUCCCACAGAUCCCGCGAUGAGUCGCGUCCAAAGAGCAAAGAAUCUUCACCGCUCUCUGAUCGUUAUGAGGAACUAAAACGUGUAAACACACAAAGUCACGCUUAUAUGGACGACGGCAUGACCACCAAACGACAUGCUGAUGCCGAGCAUAAAAAGCGUGAGAUCUUCAUCAGCAUCGAGACGGAACCGAAUGAGCAUGGUCGUUCGCCCAUUUCGCCCGACUCGCUGCGCAGCAUGGUCGGCAAUCCGCAAACAAUGGUCGAAGUUGAAGUCGACGGCCUCGACAAUAAGUUCAGCAAAAUUAGUGACGAUGACGAGCAGUUGCCGCCUCGGCAUGUCGCCGGCCCAAGUCAUGCGGGCGAUAUGAUGAUGCGUUGCACACCCUUCAACAACAAUGGCAAUCACUUGCCCAAUGUACAGCUGAAUAAUGCCAAAAAUCUGAUACAGCGCAUGCAGGAUGACUUUCGACAAAUGAGCGAAGAAGUCGGUGCCAAUAUACGUCAAGCCAUGACCGGUCUCAAUGCGGUCGGUACCAAUACAUCGAUGUUGUAUGGCAACGAGCAGGUUGGUAUGUCAGCGGGCAUUGGUGGACGUGGUGGUGGUACAUAUGUGCCGCGCAAUACAAAUACAACGCCACCGCCGUCAGCGACUAGUGUUGGCGCCGUAGCGCCCAUGUAUGCCGCCUCGGGAGACGUCAGUGGUGAUGCUUGCGGCGAUUCGGAUGACAUGAGCAGUUUGGAUGGUUAUCCGAUUUCAUCGAAGUCGUCGCGACGUGGUGUCGGCUCUAAAUUAAGCGCUGACUCUGCGUACGGGAGCCUCUCACGCCAGAGAUCCUCAGAGCUGUCGACCACACCGCAACGCAGUGCAGCGCGCAGUCGUCCCAACACCAGCAGCACGACCGCAACGACCACAGCGACGCUGCCCGCUAUGCUGCCUACAGACUUACAAACACAACAGCAUCAACUACAGCAGCAGCAGCAGCAGCAACAAUAUCACUAUCAACAACAGCAACAACAAUUGCAACAGCAACAGUUGCCACAACAAGCUACACAACUGUAUAAAUAUGCACCGGUGAAUGCGCGUCCGCGACGCAUUAGCGCCUCAUCCAGCAGUGAUAACUCGGAUGCCAGUGAUUGUAAUAUGAAAUAUAAGCAGCAGCAACAACAAUUGUUUGGCGGCGUUGGCAAUAAAAAUCACAACAGCAACAACAACAAUUAUAUGUUUGCGACACAACACAGCAGCGCCGGUGGCAACAAUAAUAAUAAUACCACUAGCAACAACAACAACAAUUAUGAUAGUCCACUCAGCUCGCCAACAACAAUAGAGCGCACCGCACGCCUAACCACCAAUAAUACAACAAACACCACACUGCCGGCAGAGGAUGCGGCAGCGACACCAACUACAGCUGCCAACAACAACAACAAGGGACACUACAGUUCGAGCAGUUCGCUGUCCAGCACGAAUGCGGCAAUGAGUGCGAGUAUGAAAAUGUCGAAAUUCUGUCACGAAUGUGGCGCUAAAUUUCUAGUCGAACAGGCUAAGUUUUGUAUGGAUUGUGGGGUUAAGCGGAUCGUACUCUAGUUACAUAAAUCAAAUGUAGUUGUAGUUGUUGCCAAUGAGUAUACACAUUAUAUGCAUACAUCGAUAGAUAGUUAUUGCGCUUAGUCAUGCAACAUUAAACACUCACAUAUUAAUACAUACAUACAUACAUACAUAUACAUACACACUCACAUAUGCAGCGGUAACCAUAUUUAUAUAUAUACAUAUACUUAGAGUAUUAUAACAAUAACAAGAACAAAUUUAUAAAAAAAAAUCGUAAAUUUUAAUAAAUUUAAUAAUCACACAAAACCAACAACAACAACAACCACAAGCAAGCAACAAAAGAAUGUGCGCCAAGUCACAAAAUAAAAUUUAGUUACUAAAAUCAAAAAUAAUAAAAAACAAAAAAAAACAUUUCGAUGAAAUUUUGAUGAUUGACGCGACAUCAGCAUUCAUUCCAACAGCGAAAGGUAGACACACGCAUAUACAUACAGACACACAUGCAAUAAAAAUUAGUUUCACAUUCGCUUAAAUGGCAUAAUGAAGAACUUACAAAGAAAGCACUAAAAACAACAACAAUAAAUUACAAAAACUAAACACAGUAAAUAUUACAACAAAAAAAUAAUAAAUAUUUAGAAAAUUACCACUUACAAAACGUAGCUGCAAAUGAAUUUGUGCGAAAAAUGUGGCAAAAACAGAAUGUAAUUGUAGAAAAAAAGAAAUAUUAUAUUAAAUAUGAUUUUUUUUUUUUUGUAAAAGCAACAACAACUAAUGUAUGUUGCGCACGAACGACGCCAAAGUGUAGCGCUGCAACAAGUGUAGACACAAAAUAAUCAAUGUACGCCUGCUUUAUACAUACGAUAUAUGUGCGCUAGUGCGCCCGUAAGUAUGCUUAGCAUACUUAGCAUACUAGCAACUUUAUUUUAUGCGUAUACCAAAUUUUAUUUAACUUGCGCUUUAACUCAUAUCAUUUUACUUUAUGACAAAGAAGAACUAAUAAUAAUAAACAUUUUUAUAACAAAAAAAAUA